UCAACUGUCACUUUUCGUCAUCAACGAUUUGUCACUACUUUAUCAGUUGAUUGUGUAUCUCAUUUUGAGCUAAAAAUAUAUGGAAAAACCCUUGCUUUGUCGGAAGUAAUAUAUACAAAAGAUUCAGAAAAGAUAGUAGAAACCUAAACAAUGUCUAAGUUCGAGGAUAAUCCGUUUGGGGAUCCUACCAUAGACAACCCAUUUGCCGACCCUGCCGUCCAGCAAGUUGCGAGAAGUACGAACAAUGCGACACAAGGUCUCGACGAUUACAAUCCCUUCGAUGGGCAGCCUGGUGCAAACCAACCCACGGCCCAACAACCUCCACAGCCAGCGAUCAUGCAGGCAGUGUCGCCACCCACAAACACACAUUUAUCUGGAGGAAGGACCCAGCCUCAACAGCAACCGCAAGGGCCGCCUAACAAUAACCUCACUGCAGACCUUUUGAGGCGGCAAGAAGAAUUAGAACGUAAAGCGGAGGAGUUAGCCCGGCGCGAGGCGGAGCUCCGGGCCGGGUCCGCCGGCAGACGAAACAACUGGCCGCCACUGCCGGGUUUCUGUCCUGUGCAGCCUUGCUUCUACCAGGACAUAAAUGUGGACAUACCGCUCGAGUUCCAGAGGAUCGUACGACAUCUCUACCACCUGUGGAUGUUCCACGCGCUGAUCCUCGCCCUAAACAUCGUCGGCGCGAUGUGCCUCAUGUUCGCCGGCGAGGGUUUCACGGUCUUCGGUCUGGCCAUCCUCUACUUCGUGCUACUGACUCCCUUCAGUUUCGUCUGCUGGUACCGGCCCAUCUACAAGGCGUUCAGGAGCGACUCCUCCUUUAACUUUAUGGUGUACUUCUUCAUAUUCCUGUUCCAAAUCAUUAUUACUGUGGUGCAGAGUGUUGGGUUCAAUGGAAGUGGUUAUUGCGGUUUGAUCACCAGCAUCGCCAUAUUCCAGACGAACAUCGGGGUCGGCAUUAUCACCAUACUUAUCACCAUCGGUUUCAUAACUUCUGCCGUGGCCGAUGUCAUGCUUAUGGCUAAGGUGCACCGCAUAUACCGAUCAACGGGAGCGUCGCUCGCCAAGGCGCAGACGGAGUUCACGACGGAGAUCCUCCGCAACCCGCACGUGCAGACCGCCGCCUCCAACGCGGCCGCCGCCGCCGUCAACGCGCAGAUCGCGCAGGCCAACCGCUACUAGCCGAAGUGAAACAGACGGACCGCUCCAAUUGUGCAUUUAGAAGUACGCAACGUACACUGGAAAUGAACUAGUGGUAAUUCGCUUUUUCUCUUCGUUCAUGAAACGUGUAAACAUGAAUGAUCAUGGUUAGAUUUUUCGUGGACUUUUUCGUCGUAUUUAUUAAAUGUUACGUCACCAUGCAGAGACAUGCUCAGAAAGCUAAAUGUUGAGCGUAAGGUUAAUCCGAGUAACUUAGCCAACUUAGCGGUUUCACUCACGUAUUUUUAGUCACUCGCGCGACAUGAUUCGGAGAUUCCAUUUUUUUUUUUUUUAUGAUGAAUAGGCAGACGUUUGACCACGAUCCCACCUGAUGGUAAGUGAUGAUGUAGUCUACGGUGGAGCACGCUUACCUAUGAGAUACCUAUUAACUCUUGCCUUGAAGAGCUCCAAAUUGUACUCAUGCGGAAACACAGACUCGGGCAGGGCGUUCCACUCCUUGGCAGUUCGCAUAAGAAAUGUGUAAGCAAAACGCUUCGUGCGUAUUUUUGGAGUUCCGUAUUUUUAUUGUAUUUUUGUACGCGACGCACGCCCGUCGUGACCUCUACUCACUCAGGCACUGUUAGUGCUUGAAAAUGGAGACCUGGGCUCUCCGAAACAUGUCGCGCGAGUGACUAAAAAUACGUGAGUGAAACCGCUAAGAUAGUAUGUCUCACGAUAGUUUAAAUUCGAUUAAUCCGAGUAAUUGCGACUAUGGAGCAAAUUUAACUAACCAAUACAUUUUAAUAAUAAAGGUUUCUUAACUUAAUACACUUUUUCUUGUGUGGCGCUGACUGCGCCAUGGAUGCAAUUACCAAUACCGCGAUCCGUUACUUGUAUUUCUAGUGUAGUGGUUCCAACUACCCAAUGUAAUGCCUCGAAGUUUUACUAGAUUCGUGAAAUUAUGCGUUGAAACUGGCCAUUUACUAUUUUUGUACAUGUACCCGCUAUUUGCUGGCCGAUCAUGUCUCUGUUUGGUAAUUAUUUGCGAUCUAAUUGUUGUAUUAAAAAUUAAAAAUCAAGUCAAUGAACAAUUGCGGCAUCCAGAAAUCUAGUAAUAUGUAAAUUUUUCGACGACAAACAGUUUUGUUUGUUAUUAAUAGCUGAUGCGGUCAGUGGACAGCCAAAUUGACAAGAGGGCUGUGUGUGUAAUCGUAAUAUCGAUAAUUAUUAUUUAUGACUUACAAAGAUAAUUUUCUAAUAGAAUAAUGGGCUGCUUGCGAAAGCAGUGCAGUGCAGACAAAAGUCGCGUGUUUGAGACUUCGUAUUUUGUCUAGGUUAUAAAGUACAACAUUACUUUUAGUAUUGUCCCAAAUAAUUCAUAAAUGUAAAGAGCCGAUCAGAAAAUAAAUGAUAGCUUUUACUUUACCUUUUGUAUUAAUACACCUAGUCAAAAUUGAUGUAAAGCUAAAGCCCCAUUUACACGGCGCGAGAAAUUGCAUGCAGUAUUCGAUACAUUGCUAACUACAGAGUACAAUUAAUUCAGUCGAUCAACCAAAUACCUCAAUUAGGGUUGCACGACGGAUCUGAAAUGUAUGGGAAGAUCCGCAGAUCCAGAUCAGGAUAAUUUUAUACAUUUCGGAUCAGAAUUGCAAACCUUAACCGCAAUGUAAUGAAAAUCGCAUGCAAGUUCUUAUUCCGUCUAAACGGGUCUUAAAAGUUAAAAUUGUGUUGCGCUGCUUUCCACUGUCACUUCUGUUUGAGUAUAUCGUAUUUUUAGUGUUAAGCAUCGCCAAUAAAAUUAAAUUAUUAAGUUGAUUGCUAAUUUUAUAAACAGUUUAAAUAAUGUGAGCUUAAUGAUGCUUUAAUGUUCUACAAAGUCUAAUUGACAUUAUGUUUUACGUCGGCACGCGGUGGCUCUUAUACUUAAAGUCCUGUUUGUUGUUCUAUACUUAUUUUACGAUAAGCCUCAUAAAAUGAUUUUCAAUGCGGUGAAAAGUUUUUAUUUAAUAAAGGUCAGUCGGGGCAGAAACUUUAGUAAAAUAGGGAAUAGUUAUUUGUGCAACAAGAGAGGAAAGUUGGUUUUUCUUGCGAGUGUUUAUUUUGAGUCCCGAGAAAGCGAAAGAUUCUAUAAUUGAAUCACGAGCGAAGCGAGUGAUUCUAAGGUAGAAUCUUGAGCGUAGCGAGGGAGUCAAAAACACGAGAUGUAAAAUAACUUUGCUCUCGUGUUGCACACAUAAUUUUUCACCUCAGUAGUGAGAACAUAUUAAAGGUUAAAAUGUAUUUCGAAUUACACAGAAUAAACAGAAAAAAAAGUAUUAUAAUAUGUACGAUACGAUACGAUACGGGACGGGACGGGACCGAACCGGACCGGACCGUACCGUACCGUACCGUACCAUUCCAUAAAAAAAAUGUAAUAAAAGUAUGAAGUUCAUGGCCUUCACUAAAUUAAAAAGCUACAUUGUUUCACUCCCUGGAGUGAGGAAAGUCGCACUUUCCUCACUCCAGGGAGUGACGAAAGUAGGCUUGUUCGAGCUGCUGAGGUGAAAAGUAAAUACCCUAUCAGUUAAAAAGCCCCAUGGCUGUAAUUGCCCUACUAUUAUGGAAAUAUUAAGAACUUUAAUGGAAUUAUUAAGUUCAUCAAAGUGCGUUUUCAGUAUUUAUGUCAAUUAUAAUUUUUUUACUUUCGCACUUUUUGAGCUGAGCCUUAUUAGAUUUUAUUACGUUAUAGAAUGCCCUUGUAACCUAGUAAUAUGUAAGAUAAAGGGGUGUUCACAUUAGUUUUUGCUUCAUAAUUUGUAUCCACGACAGUUAAUUUACUUUUGGCAAUUAUGUGAACAUUCCAAAGCGAACUGUCUAAACUAAAUGUAAAUAUUUUCUAUCUUUAAUUUAUAUAUGUCCGUAUAAAUUAGGACUACAUAUAGCAGUUGCUGUUUAUUAGUAUGAAUGGUUAAAUACCAUUCAGUGUGGAUUUGGUAGGUUGGAACUGAUCAAUAUAAAUCAUUCGGUUUAGCCUAGUUUUGAUAUAGUAAUAAUAUACACGGUGGCUAAAAAAUAAGUGCAUUCCCGUUGCCAGGGAGGUUUUGGUAUUAUAGUGAGCAACUUUUACUAUGGGACCAACCCCGAAAUCGCGAUAAAAAAAUUUGGCUGUUUCAUACAUUUUGGCUGGUCCAUUUUCUAUGGGAGGAUAAAAAAAAAAAUUUCAUGAUUUCGUGGGUGGUCGCAUAGUAAAAGUUUCUCAGUAUAAUUCCAAAACCUCCCUGGCAACGGGAAUGCACUCAUUUUUUAGCCACACUGUAUAAAGAAAGUUAAAGAGCAAUCCGCAAUCUGUUCCUCAUUUUUUUACUGACACUUCAAGCCGCUAAAACUUAAGCAACUUAAAUUUUAGAAACCUAAAAUUGGGGCAGCGUGAAUUACUAUAUUAUACGUAUAGGAAGCAAUCGAAUUGACAUACAUAGUCAUAUGAAAUAACAAUUAAAACUUUCAUACUUUUUAUUGGUUACACCUGAAUUUGGGAUUAUAGUUGCCCCGGUUUUUCAGACCCCUUUUUUGUAAACUAGCUAGUGUCCUAAACUAACCCAAUAAUAACUUUUAUCACAAGUAGUAAAAUAGUCCAUUACCCACAAUGACAAUCGGUCUUAAUACCCAUGUUCCGAGUAGAUUUCAGUAGCAAAAGACGUCAUAGGGAUAUUGUUCUAAAAAGAAAUAGCUUAGGAGUUUUCUUUUAAGCCUAACUAGUCACUUGACUACACAAUAACACACCUAGCGGUAAAGAGUAACUUACGGCAAACGUAUAUGACCAGUUGACCUGAGGUUUUUUUUUUUGACCGCCCGAGGUGUGUUCCUACAGAAUGUUGUCUCCUUGUGGCAGUAAUAACGGGUCGUAAUAGUUGCCUCGUAACCGGUGUGUGACCGAGACAACGCUAUGCACGUAUAUAACAAUGUCCCACUCACACCGCCUUACGCCCCGAAGUAAUGUUUAAGUUAUAUGAACCGUUUUCCUGUAUCAGUGCAGUAAUGCCCCGAUGUUACUUAUUAAUAUUAAAUUCAGUUAAAUUAGUCUCAACAAGAACCCACAGCCACCAUAAAACUGGCGUUAUUAAUGAGAUUAUAGCAGUAAAGGUACUUUAACCAAUUACAUCAAGUGUCUAAUGGAGGCUUGUUAAAUAUGUAUGUGUAUGCCGAGUUGAUAGAUUACCUUCUACCUUCAAUAAAUAUUCAUGUUAGUCGGGGCAUGUAUCUGGGCCUAGAAUGUAAAUUAUUAUAACCGUCCUACCCAGAAGAAGGCAGGUAUAUCUGAACGUUCAACUGUUUUGUAACUUAAGUCAUGUUAAAUACUUAUGAUUAAUAAAUAUAGUUUCAAUUAAA